CUUAUGUGUUCAUUUCUUCAGGGAAGCCAAGGAGAGGGUAAGAAAAAUCUAUGAAGAUGAAGCAUGGCACUGGCAUUCCCUCCAUUUCCAUUAUGCCUACGCUUCACAAACUCAUCAAAUUACUGUACCAUGUCUGGUGCUGUGAUGUUACUGUUAUCGGAACUGGUACAUCAGGGAGAAUAGUCUGGGGUCAACCAGGCGGAGCACUGGGGUCCUUUUCCAGAGAAGAAAAGUUACAUUGCUUGAAGGCCGCAUAUAAAGCCAGAGUCAGAAAUACUGAAAUGGAAUCAGCAAUGUUUGUUGCUCUGUGUAGAUUUUGUGGUCUAAAAGCUCCUGCUCUCCAUGUGACGCAUCUUGUUGGACUUAAAUGUGACCAGAUCAGCUUACCCCAUGAGCAAUAGCCUCAACCCCUAAUCUUCAACUUCAUCAAACAGCAGCUUGGAUUUCAUGACCAGAUGUCAUAACUGUGUAGCCCAAUCCUUCCCUGCAAGUUUGUAGUUCGAGUUGUAGUGCUGAAGUCAUGUAUUAUUUGUGACGUUUUUAUGUAGUUCUUAUCCAUGUGCUAUAAUCAUUACAGAGUGGUUUUAUAAAACCCCUUUCUCUUGAAAGAUGAAUUUAUUGUAAAGGAAUUUAAUGCUUAAUAU